UCUGCAGCAGCCUUCUCGUCCUAUCCAUAAGGUUCAGUUAGCCAAAGUGGAGGAUGGGAGCAGCAUGGAUCUGUCCCAGCUCCUCAAUGAGAUCAGGGCAAACUAUGAAAUGCUCAUCAGCCGAAGUCAGAUAGAGACCAUCCUCUCAGCAGGGACCCAGGUAAUGAUCAUAUCCAGACAGGCACCUACCCGAAUAAGGAGCCAGUCCAAUGUGUACUCAGUGCCUCUCUCAGCCUCUGUGAGAUGCUUUUUCCUCCUCUAUUUUCAGACUACAAUUCCUGCUACUUUGAUAAACAAACCUAGAAGCAGCCACUAGUGAAAGAAUGAGCAAAGACGAAGAAGUGCUAAAAGCAGCCAGGGCAGAAUUAAAUGAAGCUAGACGUCAGUGGUAUCAAAUGCAAAUGGAAAUUGAUUCUCUCCAUGCUAUGGAGAAAGGCUUGGAAGCUGCUUUGCGAACCUCAGAACAGCAGUAUCAGACUCAGUUCAAGCAUUUGGAAAGCGAGAUUGAAAGUCUGGAGAAAGAGCUACAAGAGGUGAGACACAGCCUCAAAAAUCAGCUCCAGCAACAUGAAAAAUUACUGAAUACGAAAAUGAAGCUUGAGCAGGAGAUUGACAGAUAUCGCAGCCUUCUGGAAAAGGAGGAAAAAAGGUUUCAUCUUUCUAUACGGCAAGAAAGAAAAGAUGACAAAAAGCCUACCACCAGCCGAAUAGCAUUUAUCUUGCCUUCACCAAGCGAGCUAAAGAAGCAUGAGAUAGAAAAAGUAGAAAUACUGACAAAACAAGCAGUUUUAAAUGGGGAAGUUGCAAAGGAACGUGCAGAAGCUUGUGGCACGAUACAAAAAGAAAAAGUAGAUGAAGUGAUUAAAGAGUGGGAAGGCUCUUUCUUUAAGGACAAUCCUCGUUUAAGGAAAAAAUCAGUUUCUUUGCGGUUUGAUCUCCACCUGGCAGCCACAGAUGAUGGUUCUUUACAGACUAAGCAGAAAAGCUUGCCUGAUAUCGAAGUGAGAUUGGUUAUGAGAAGGUCUUGCAGCAUCCCAUCAAUCAAAACUUAAAUGGGCAGCAAACUAACCCAAAGAUUAUUCAUGGAUGGGAUUCAGAAAUAAACAUUGUGGACCUAAAUUAGCUACAUGAUUGCCUACUGUCUGACUAUAAAAAGAAUAUGCCCUUCAGCUAAUAUAUACAGUAUUCCUAUAUCCUAACCAUCGUUUUGAAAACAUUGAGAAAACUUAAGGGCAUUACGUUUCUAAGAAACAGAAUUGCUACUGAAUUAUUAUCAUCAUUAUGCUGUUGAAAUAGUUUCUGUUCACAUAUUUCUUUGCUUUAAUAAUUUUAAGGAAAAUAUUUAGGAGUUUAAUAGAUCUUGUCUUGUCUUUGUGGGAAAGAAUAUCCCUAUAGGAAAAGACUUAUUUGAGCAUAAGAUUAUGGAUGAUAUAACUGCCUUCAACUAUGAAUCAUAAUUAAUAUAUUACUGAACAGCUGGUAUGUCUUUCCUAACAAUCAAUAAAUCCAUAUAAAAACUUUCAAGGGAGUGGUGGGCUUCAACCUAUGUCCCACCAAAGUCCAUUUCAAGUGCAGAUCAUUUUCAGAAUAUUGUUAAUGAUCUCAACACAACUUAUGUCUAUUGUUUGUCAAAGCUGGCCAAUAAUUAUCAAUUUAUCCUAGGAGUUAUUUAUAACUAUAGUUGGAUUUCUCUAACAGAGCCACGGUAUUUCUGAGGCUUAUUUUUAAGCCAUUUUAAGCCAUAUAUUGUAAUCUGUUGUCAUCAAUGUUUUCGUAAACUCCUGCUAGAUUAACCUCAAGUACGACUACAGCCAAGACAAUAACUAACCCAAUAGGAAUGUAUCCAAACUUUUCAUGACUGCCAGCUCUCUGUCUCAACAAACGUCUCUUGGAUUCUGUCUUCUGUCCUAUACAUUCAAGAUCCAUGUACAUGAUGGCUAACAUAAAAUGACCUUAAUAGUAGAUUUCUUGCUGUCCUCUCACAAUUGGAGUUUACUAAGCAAAAUAUUUAUUGAAAUCAUUUCAUUUUUAUAUAUUUAUUUAAACUUUGCCCUUUGCUGCAAAAGGCUGAGGGUAGGUUAUCUUUGCCAGUAAAUGCUUCUGGAAAAUGAACAUUUCUUAUCUUGAUGGAUAAAAUUGUGUUUUAUUUGGAGCCAAUAACAAAACACUUAAUCUCAGUGCAGAGAGAGCUUCAGCUGCAAUGUUACAGGGAUAAAGGACAAACUAUUUUAUGAUGUCUGUGCCUAUAUCAAAUGGUCUACCAUCAUAACUACUGGACAUGUCUAAUCCACAGGCAAUUAAAUAAAUUUAAAAGGGCUACAUGCUGAAGCCAAAAUCAUACUGAGGUCUUAUAUGCAACACAAGUUUGAAAUGCUAAAAAAAUCUGUGAGAAACUUUUUUUGAACCUUUAUAGUUGUGUUCCAUCUGGGUUGUAAAAAGUUGGGUACUGGACUAGGACUAUGCAAGACCAGGGUCAAAAUUUCCACUUAACCAUGAAAACCAACUGAUGACUCUUGGCUAAAGGCAAUGGCAAGUCACCUCUGAAUCCAUCUUGCAAAGAAAAAAUAAUGAGAAGGUCACCGUAAGUGUGAGCUGAACUGAAAUUAUCCAAUAAGAACAAUUACUACUGACAUUUCCGCUCUACAAGCUGCACACAGAAAAUUACAAAAGAAAAUAACAGUGAAACCUGUGGCUUUUUAAAGUCUGUGUCACCUAGCAAAGUAGAAAUUUGUCAAAAGAAAUCCAGACUACAAUCUUUUUCUUGUUUCAAAAACUCUACUUGCCAAGGACAUCUAGGACAAAAUUAGCUUUUUUUUUUUAGUCAUGGGGAAAGGUAGAUGAAAGAAACCGUUAUAUAGUCUCAUCAACCUGAAAGAAAUACAAUUUUAUAUUUGACUAUACAUUUUUCUCUCAAACUGCUAAAUCUAAACUCUUCUGUAAACUAAAUCUUGAACAUAGGCAUUAAUUUUUUUAAGAAUAUAACAAGUACUGUAUGACAUUACAAUGUACUAAUUAGAAGGUUGGAUUAUUAUUUUUUAGCAUUCAGACGGAACUACUUGUUGUUAGUAUGUCAUGACAAAUCAGGAUUAAUGUAUUCCUUAUUUAGGUCCUCAGUAGCAUGUAAUACAUUUUACUAGAGUGUCUACAGUUGCCUUACAUAUGGCAUGCGUAAGACAUGAUACAGCAAGUAUAUUGCGGCAUUUAGUUAACUUCCAACUUUUAACAACAUAGAAAAAUGAGCCUUUCUACUGCAGGUUCUUUAAUUGAAAAUAAUGUGCUAGCUGUUAACAUUUAAUCUUAAUAAACUCUGAUCUAGCUUUCAUAAUA